AUACACUUAUAUACAAUUUAUUUAACUCCGUUGACAAUUAACGUGUGAGUGUGUGUAUAUAAUUAUAAUCAAGAAGUUAUAGCAGCUUAGAAAGAAAGGCAGUGCUUAAAUAUUGAGAAGCGUAAUCACGAAAAUAAACCGAAAUGGGUUCGUCGUCGAACGGAGGAGUGCCACCUGGGUUUCAGUUUCAUCCGACAGACGAAGAGCUUCUCCAUUACUACCUAAAGAAGAAAAUCUCUUAUCAUAAGUUUGAGAUGGAAGUUAUCAGAGAGGUUGACUUAAACAAGCUCGAGCCUUGGGAUUUACAAGAGAGAUGUAAGAUAGGGUCAACACCGCAGAACGAAUGGUAUUUCUUCAGCCACAAGGAUAGGAAAUACCCAACGGGUUCAAGGACCAACCGUGCAACUCAUGCAGGGUUCUGGAAGGCAACAGGACGAGACAAGUGUAUAAGGAACUCUUACAAGAAAAUAGGAAUGAGAAAGACCCUUGUGUUCUACAAAGGAAGAGCUCCUCAUGGCCAAAAGACUGACUGGAUCAUGCAUGAGUAUCGGCUUGAAGAUACUGAUGAUCCUCAAGGCAAUCCUAGUGAAGACGGAUGGGUGGUUUGUAGGGUAUUCAUGAAGAAGAAUUUGUUCAAGGUAGUGACUGGAGGAGGCUCAAGCAUUAACUCAACGGACCAAUGCAAUCAUGAUGCGUCCAACAACAACAACUCGCUCCAAGCUCGUAGCUUCAUGCACCGAGACAGUCCUUACCAGCUAGUACGUAACCACGGAGCCACGACAUUCGAACUCAACAAGCCUGACCUGACACUUCAUCAAUACCCACCAAUCUUCCACAAGCCACCUUCCCUUGGGUUUGACUACUCUGCAGGGCUUCCAAGGGAUUGCGAAAGUGCGGCUAGUGAAGGGUUACAAUACCAGCAAGCGUGUGAGCCAGGUUUAGAGGUUGGGACGUGCGAGACAUUGGCUAGUCAUAACCAUCAACAAGGUUUAGGUGAAUGGUCAAUGAUGGACAGGCUUGUGACUUGUCAUAUGGGAAAUGAAGAUUCCUCUAGAGGGAUUAGGUUUGAGGAUGGUAACAACAAUUCUUCGUCUGUUGUCCAGCCAGUUCCUGAGACGAAUCAGCUUUCGUUGCGCAGUGAGAUGGAUUUCUGGGGUUAUUCUAAAUAGAUGUUAUAUGUCUUAUGAAAGUGUUUGUGUAUGUGUUUAGUUCUUCAUUACAUGCUUUAUUUAUUUCAUUUUUAUGUUUGGGAGCAAAUUGCUUCACAAAACUCAAAUAUAUAUUUAAUGUUGGAAUGAAUAAAAAUACAACAUUGAUUAGUUUAUUGUAGUUAU